AUGGUGAAAGAGACUAAAUUCUACGACCUGCUUGAGGUCUCUCCCGACUGUUCCGAUGCCGACUUGAAGAAAGCUUUUAGGAAAAAGGCGCUUCGCCUUCACCCUGACAAGGGUGGUGACCCAGAUCUCUUCAAAGAGGUUUCGCAUGCAUACGAGGUCCUCGCCGAUAGUCAGAAGCGCGCUGCUUAUGAUCGUUUUGGCGAGGCUGGUCUUCAGGAUUCCGGAAUGCCCUCGGACCACCAAGACCUGUUCUCACAGCUCUUUGGUGGCGGAGGAGGAUUCUUUGGUGGAGGCGGCUCCCGCAACCAGGGACCACGAAAGGGCAAAGAUCUACAUCACCGUGUCGCUGCUUCGCUCGAGGAUCUUUACAAGGGGAAGGUUACGAAACUCGCACUUACACGACACGUUAUCUGUUCCAAGUGCAGCGGCAAGGGCGGUAAAGAAGGUGCGGUUCGCAAAUGUGGCGGAUGCCAGGGUCGCGGUGUGAAGGUCAUGCUGCGUCAAAUGGGCCCGAUGCUACAGCAAAUCCAGCAACCGUGCGGUGAAUGUGAUGGCACAGGCGAGGUUAUCAAUCAGAAAGAUCGAUGCAAGACAUGCAAUGGCAAGAAGGUUGUUUCUGAGCGCAAGUUCCUCGAGGUUCAUAUCGACAAGGGUAUGAAGGGAGGGCAGCCCAUCACUUUUGCAGGCGAAAGCGACCAGGCGCCAGGCGUCGAGCCCGGAGAUGUUAUCAUUAUUGUGGACGAAAAGCCUCAUGAACGUUUCAGGCGUGAAGGCAAUGACUUGUAUGCGGAAGUCGAGCUUGACUUGCUCACAGCACUUGGUGGAGGCUCCUUCUCGAUAUUACACCUUGAUGAUCGCGCCCUGAACGUCCCCAUCCACCCUGGAGAGGUAAUCAAGCCAGGCUCCAUGAAGGUAAUUCCAGGCCAAGGAAUGCCAUCCCAUAGGCACCAUGAACCUGGUAGCCUGUUUGUCAAACUCAACAUUAAAUUCCCUGACUUUAUCGAGCCGACUCUCAUCCCCCACUUGGAGGCCGCACUGCCUGCUCGCGAGCCACCCAAGACAUACCCCAAAGAGAUCCACGUGGAAGAAGUUGACAUGGCAGAUCUCGACGCGAGGCAGCAAGAACAAGCACAGCGAUCUCAGGACGCAAUGGACGAGGAUGAUGAUGAGCAACCUCGGGUGCAGUGCGCCAACCAAUAG